AGGGCCCGCUGGCCCCGAUCUGAAUCGCACUCUCGAAUCUUCAGUGUAGUGCACAAGUUGACGAAAUAGUCACUCCUCUCAUCCACAACAAUGCAGCUUUUACUUCUCUCGAGUGCGUUCACAUCUAUCGUCAGUCUUGUUGCAGCGUCCCCAGCGCCAAGAGCCAUCGUGGAACGUUCCUCCUUAAAGCGAGAGGAACUUGACACGAACCUCUUUCAACAUGACGAGUCUGACUCGGGAGAGGGCAAGAAGCGCGAGGAGCUGGGAACCAACCUCGUCACUUAUGGGGGGUCCGGGUACGUUGGUGGAGGGGGUGGCAGUGGCAUUGAGAAGCGCGGAGAGCUUGAGACAAACCUAGUGGAUUAUUACCAGCGCGAAGAGCUUGAAACCAACCUUGUGGAAUAUUACUAGUAGCAUUAAAUGUGGAGGAGAGUACUAUGACUCGGAGGUGUUGUUGAUGC